AAAAAGCUAAAAGAAGCUUUAACACAAGUCGAUGUGUUAGUCUCAACUGGAGGUGUAUCUAUGGGCGAAUUAGACUUAUUUAAGCCUACUUUGCAACAAUCUUUGGGUGCAACCAUUCACUUUGGAAGAGUAAAGAUGAAGCCAGGGAAGCCAACUACUUUUGCGACUCUUCCAGGAACAGCCGAUGCACCUGAGAAGCUAAUAUUUGGAUUGCCUGGAAAUCCGGCUUCUGCCACCGUUACUUUCUAUUUAUUUGUUUUACCUGCUCUUCGGAAAUUAGCUGGUUAUGAAAAUUGGAAUUCACCCAUUUUACAAGCGGAGUUAACGUACAAAGUAUCACUGGAUCCGCGUCCCGAAUAUCAUCGAGCCGUAAUUUUUUUCGAUCAUUCAAAAGGAAAGUUUAUGGCAACUUCCACGGGACAUCAAAUAAGCAGCCGCAUGCUUAGUUUGAGAAGUUGUAAUUCUUUGUUAAAGCUACCAGAAAAAACUGAUCAGUGUAAAGAAUUAGAUAAAGGAACUAUUGUGGAUGCUAUAUUGAUCGGGCAAUUGA